AUGUUGCCAACUUUUUUCCUAAAACUUUACUUAAUAAUAAGUAAAUCUAAUAUAAUCUAUCUGUUUCAGUAUUUACGGAAUAUUCUCUAUGAAUAUAUGAUGGGAAAAGAAACCAAGACUCUUGCCAAAGUUAUUUCAACUGUAGUUAAUUUUGACGAUGAACAAAAAAGAAAUAUUUUAGCGCGAGAAGAUGCCAAGGUAAGUUUUGAUGUGUUUUUUAGUUUUGUGUAA